UCAGUGACUGAAAUUAUUUGGAAGUUACUUGACUGAAAUAGAAUCUCUUAAACCUUACUUCAAGUACCAGCUUGUGUGUUUCUGUUUUUUGUCUGGAGCAUGUGAACAGAAUGCAUGUGUGUGAGAUAAUUGAGCUUUCACUAAUGGCCCCCUUUCAGCAACCAUGUAUGGGUAAAGCUGUUCAGUUCCCUGCUCCUCCCUCUCUGAGCAUGGAGCAGAAUCUGUUCUGCUGAAGCUGCUGUUCCACUUUCCAGCUUUCUAUAUUUGUACAGCAACAGCAGGAGCAGCCCACUAGCUAGGCCGUGUGGCCGCCCUUUGGCACCCACACUGGCUCAGACCUGCUCAGGACUCAGCCAGGGUGUGCAGUUUGUGUUCUUACAUUCGUCCAUCUGUCUGUCUGUGUACAUUUCUGUGGAGGACUGAGGUUUUCAAGUGAAAGAGAGUGAAGACAUAGUCCAGAGAGGGAAGUAUAAAGCUACAGGCUGAACAUAACUUCUUUUUUUCAAAGUUCCCUGUGUUAUGAACUGAGCUUGGGUGAAGUGAAAUCUUUGAGGAAGCUAAAGCUGUGUGUAUUUGUGGAUCAGACAAGUGCAGCAAGUUAAUAUCAUUGGCUUCUGAAGGGGAGAGUGAGGUGAUGGCUGCGUUUAAGUUGGAUUUCCUUCCGGAAAUGAUGGUGGAUCAUUGCUCUUUGAAUUCCAGUCCCGUCUCAAAGAAAAUGAACGGCACCCUGGACCACCCAGACCAACCAGAUCUUGAUGCUAUCAAGAUGUUUGUGGGCCAGGUUCCAAGGACCUGGUCUGAGAAGGACUUGCGGGAACUCUUCGAACAGUAUGGUGCUGUAUAUGAAAUCAACGUCCUAAGGGAUAGGAGCCAAAACCCUCCUCAGAGCAAAGGGUGCUGUUUUGUUACAUUUUACACCCGUAAAGCUGCGUUAGAAGCUCAGAAUGCUCUUCACAACAUGAAAGUCCUCCCAGGGAUGCAUCACCCUAUACAAAUGAAACCUGCUGACAGUGAGAAGAACAAUGCAGUGGAAGACAGGAAGCUGUUUAUUGGUAUGAUUUCCAAGAAGUGCACUGAAAAUGACAUCCGAGUCAUGUUCUCUUCAUUUGGACAGAUUGAAGAAUGCCGGAUAUUGCGGGGACCUGAUGGGCUGAGCCGAGGUUGUGCAUUUGUGACUUUUACAACAAGAGCCAUGGCACAGACGGCUAUCAAGGCAAUGCACCAAGCACAGACCAUGGAGGGUUGUUCAUCACCCAUGGUGGUAAAAUUUGCUGAUACUCAGAAGGACAAAGAACAGAAGAGAAUGGCCCAGCAGCUCCAGCAGCAGAUGCAGCAAAUCAGCGCAGCAUCUGUGUGGGGAAACCUUGCUGGUCUAAAUACUCUUGGACCCCAGUAUUUAGCACUUUAUUUGCAGCUCCUUCAGCAGACUGCCUCCUCUGGGAACCUCAACACCCUGAGCAGCCUCCACCCAAUGGGAGGGUUGAAUGCAAUGCAGUUACAGAAUUUGGCUGCACUAGCUGCUGCAGCUAGCGCAGCUCAGAACACACCAAGUGGUACCAAUGCUCUCACUACAUCCAGCAGUCCCCUCAGCGUGCUCACCAGUUCAGCAGGGUCUUCACCUAGCUCUAGCAGCAGUAAUUCUGUCAACCCCAUAGCCUCACUUGGAGCCCUGCAGACAUUAGCUGGAGCAACGGCUGGCCUCAAUGUUGGCUCUUUGGCAGGAAUGGCGGCUUUAAAUGGUGGCCUGGGUAGCAGUGGCCUUUCCAAUGGCACCGGGAGCACCAUGGAGGCCCUCACUCAGGCCUACUCGGGUAUCCAGCAAUACGCUGCUGCUGCACUCCCCACUCUGUACAACCAGAAUCUUCUGACACAGCAGAGUAUUGGUGCUGCUGGAAGCCAGAAGGAAGGUCCAGAGGGAGCCAACCUGUUCAUCUACCACCUGCCUCAGGAGUUUGGCGAUCAGGACCUGCUGCAGAUGUUUAUGCCCUUUGGGAAUGUCGUGUCUGCCAAGGUUUUCAUAGACAAGCAGACAAACCUGAGCAAGUGUUUUGGUUUUGUAAGUUACGACAAUCCUGUUUCGGCUCAAGCUGCCAUCCAGUCCAUGAACGGCUUUCAGAUUGGCAUGAAGCGGCUUAAAGUGCAGCUCAAACGUUCGAAGAAUGACAGCAAGCCCUACUGAGCGUGCUCCCCUCUAAGACUGGAGUGAGAGGGUCUUCUGGUAAGUUGGGGAGGAGCACCCUUAAUGAUUCGAAGCCCUGAGGCUGUGUGCUGAUAGCCCUGGACCCUGAUCCCUGCCACUCUCGCAGGCACAGCUUGCCCUGAAGACUCGGCUACUGCCUUCUGUGGGAGUUUCGCUUCGUACAGAGGACAAGUUUGUGCUUUGGUUUCCAGUGUUUUACUUUGGAGUUUAGGUGCCAUAUCCUGAGUUUUUUUUUUUGUUUUUUUUUUUUUUUUUUUUUUUAAAGUUUGCUGUGUUUGUAAUCAGUGUGUGUUGAGAAGGACCAACACCAAACCACCCUGGGGAAGGGGGACAGGGAAACAUUUAACACAGACAAUGAUUGGGAUUUGCCCCAAACCACCCUGAAAGAGGACUGAGUGGAACAAAAAAGUGACCCCCAGAACCUCCCUUAAUGUGAGGGUGGGUAGGAUGAGAACUGGCAUCUUGGAGCUGUGGGGAGCAGAGCGGCUUUGGAGGACAGUGGGAGUGACUAGACACCUAAUGCCUGGCAACCAGAGGCUCAAACUCCUGCACAGCUGCCUUCUGGGAAAUAGUUUUUGACACCGAUAUCUCAGAUUCUUGUCCAGAAUUUCUGCUGCUCUUUUCAAAAAAGGGCAUUAACAAUUCUCUGGAAAUAAAGCACCUGUUAGCCUGACAUACGCAAAAAGCAGGGCGGCAUCACCCAUUACCAGCUCCCCCAGCCAGCAGUCGGUAUUGGAUUGGCCCAACCUGGCUGGUGGCAGUUUGGGAGAAGCAGCCAAAGAGGUCAUUUUAGUUUAUUUCAGCACGAAAUUAGACCAUGGCCCAUUUCCAAAAGGUCUCUUUAAAGAAGGCCUCUAUGGAAUACAUUGCCUGGUUCCCUUCCUUGCAGUUCACCACAGCAAGGAAUGUCACCUCAAUCCCAAGCCACAAUUUUCUCAUGAGGGCAAAUCCAAGAAGGGCUUGCAGUUCUUGCUGAAGUGGGUAGGUACCACUUCUGGGCAGAGUGAUCAGUGCCAUCUAGGUGGGGGAGGAGGAGCUUGUUUCUUGUUGUACUUGAAGCAGAAGGAUCCCUGUAAGCCAGAAUGCUGCAUUUGCCGUGGCCAGAAAUCCUCCCUUGCCUCUUUGAGGUGUCCCAGAUGUAGUAUUCCCACAGAGGUCUGGCAGGCCCCUCCUGUAACCACUCCAGUCACAUUUUCUGCUCUUGAGGCAGAGGUGACAUCAGGACGUUUACAGCCUCCACAUGAGUUGAGUGUUCAUUUACCUCAGUAUUACCGUGUUCAUUUUUGUCCUCGUGCUACAGUUAGCUCCCUGCUGCCUCCCGCAGGUCUCACUUCAGCUCUUGCCUGUGACCCACACAGCUUCGGGGCUCUGCCUCUGCUCCAAGAAGUGCUGUGGGGGUAGAGAGCCGGGAACGACAUGCUGUUGGGAAUGUACACCUGGGCAGAGGUGGCCCUGUUAAGAUAUGACUAUAGCCACUGCCAGGGAUGGGAUCCCUGGGUCUCUGGAAUCUGAAACCUCACAAAUACCAGUCUUGACCCCUAGCAGCAGAGAUAAGAAUAAAGGGGUUGGUUUGCUAUUAAGUCAGAUGGGGGCUCUCUCCUUGUCAUGCUGUCCCUGUGGGUAGAAGACAGGGAUUGACCAUCUUGCUGUUGUACAGGUAGCUGGUGGUGUUGGAUUAUCCCAUUGAAGCUGGGACAGCUGUUCCUUUCUCAUAGUGAUAACUUGGGUCUGUUGUCCUCUAAGAAACGUGAAACAUACACUUCUUAAGCUGAACCACGUAAACUUGAAUUCUGCGCACUGGGAGAAAUGUGUCCUGUGUUUCAAAGGAUAAAACUGUUCUAAAGGCUUCCAGGGUCAUGAUGGGAUUUUUUAAAUAAAUGCAAAAAAUAAAAAUAAAAAAGAAAAAAGAAAACAAAAAAAAAAAAAAGAAAAAAAAUGCUAGGUUGGGGAGGCGCUGUUCUGAAUCCCAACCGGCUGGAACCAAGAAUGUCGUUUCUAUUUUUAUAGAAGUUUUAUACAGCUCCGGGGUGGAGAAUAUUUAUUACCUAAAUUAUAUCUCUGGAAAAGGCCAGGAUUUUGUAGAAUCCAGAAUGUGAUUGUUGUACACACAGGGUGCUGUGUAUGAUUGAAACUACUGACUUUCUGUGGCCCGUUUGCAGCCCAGCUAACCUGCCCAAGGGGAAGGUGUUAAUGCUGUGAAUUGGCAGAGGAGAGAGCUGUGCUCCACAGGGUGCUGCCGGCGCUGUGCUCCCUAGCCUUCUGUUCUGUCUUCCUCCUCAGCCAGAACUCCACUCCCUCCCCACAGCCCCCUCUUCUCUCCGCCUUCCCCCACCUCACUAUUAUUUGUCCAUGGAUUUGUCCUGGGCUCUGGGACCUUAUGAAACCCCUUUCCUAAUGACAUAAGAGGCCAAGGUACAAUCCACCCACCUUUGAUACCAGACCCCAAGGCUUCAUACCUGCUGUUGGGUUCUCUUUUCUAAAAGGAAGACUUGCCCCAGCAGGGGCCUGGGCUGCUCGAGCAGCCAGCUGGUGAGACCAUGCACUUCUCUCUUAUUUCCUCCCCCUGCCCAGUGAGUUAGCACAGCAGUAGCACUGCCCUUGAGCACAGUUCUUUCCCCAGGCCAAAGAUGGUUUUGUGAAGAAGCUGCUCCCCUACAACUCUCACGUGUGAAAGGGCUCAGCUCAGAGAGUGGAGACUCGCAGUCAAGUCUUAAGCAAUCUUUUUCUGUUGUGUGAAGGUUUCACUUACAAUGUGUUUUCUGCUGUAGUUUUGUUUCUUACUCGGGUUACAUCAUGAAAUUGAUUUGCCUUGAAUGCAGCCAGACCACUGUCUCCUGGGUUCCACUUGAGUGGCCAGGGCCUGGGUGGAAGCUAAGAGCUUGGAUUUCUGGGAACAAAGGGCCAUCCCCAUAGGAUUGAGCAGAAAUUCUGGCCCUCUUCCCUGAAAAAUUUUCCCCACCCCAGCCAGCAUCUUCUGCUUCUCCUUGGGUUGUGACCAGGGAGUGGGGAGAGAGGCUGAGGCUCUGCUCCCCCAGAGACCUUCUUUUCUUAGGAGUUGGGCACUUCAGGGAAAAUCCAAGCCUUAGGUUCCCUUCUGUCUCUGGCAAUUAGAUGUGUUCUUGAUGUCCUCCAUGUCCUUUUUGACUUUUCCCUGUGUCCAUUGUUAGCAUGUGCAAAAGUUCCCUGUCAUUACCCAACCCCUGCCCGCCCACCUCAUUUCAGGGCUGUACACACAGUGAGUGUUCUGUUCUCUCUCUCUUUGUUUGGAUGUAUUGCUCUGUGUAACUCAGUGGGUCUCCCUCUUUCUGGUUUGUUUUUUUUUCUAGAUUCCUGCCGUUUGUUCAUCGUUGUGCCUAAAGCAUGUCGAUGUGGCGUCAAGUACAUCGUCCAAAUCCCUGUCUCUUCAGCUUCUCUGAUGCUUGAACUCUCACCUUUGACCUUGUGUUGACCUUUGAUGCUGACGUGUAUUUUUAUUAUGUUUGUUUCUUUCUUCGUUUUUUUUUUCUUUCCUUUUUUUUUCCCUUUUGUGCUGCCAAAUUGGUUUUGCUAGAACGACUGCUGAAGGGGAAAUAUUUAAACUUGCAUUUGAAUAUAAAAAAAUCUAUUUUUCUAGAACUUCAUAAAAUAACCACUUGAUUUUGUGAUUCCAAUUCUUUGUAAUUGUCUUCAGAGCAGCCCUACUAGCACAUACCGCGUGGUGUUUGUAUUUCUGUGAACACACAGCCAGUCCGUUUCUAGGCUUUGUUUCUCUGUGUGCUUAGUUUUAAAGACAACUUUGAAGUAAACAAUGAAAUAAAAGAUGUCACUAAAACCUUUGAGGCUCCUGAGCACAUUUUGCUGAUAUAGUCUGUGGGGCUUGAGGAGACCGCAUGUAUUGUUCUUUCUUUUGUUUUUCUUCUGAGUUCUCAGCUGCAGAAAGCACCUGAACCCCCUUUCUUCCUUUUUGACUGCAGGCUGCAGUUUGGGCCCCAGCCAGCCCUUUUUCUUUUGUUGUUCUUCCCUGGAGCGACUCUGCGGGGAGCCCUGGAUCCCGCUUGCCCCUUCCCCUCAGCCCCAUGCUUGUUCCUACAGUCUCCACAGCAAAAUGUGAUGCUUUGAUUUUUUGUUGUUUUUGUUUUUGUAUUGUUUUUGUGUUUUUGUUUUGGAUUUUUUCCUUUCCUACUAAGAUUAUGCCCAGAAAAAACAAGUUUUGCAUGUUUCCUGCUGUUUCUUCACACCUUCGUAUAUAUCACCUUCACCUCUCUGUUUUCUAUAGUUUGUGCAAAAACUGACCGAUUUAAAAGGGUUUCAAAGAAGCUGUUUUAAAUUGUUGUAGGGUUGAUUAUUUUUUUCAAGAUUGUAUUGUUUUAUUUUGAAGUGGCAACUUUCUCCUCUAUUGCCCUUAGAGUGUUUGCCUGUGCACUUAGACUGUCACUUCGUGUGGCCUCCAGGUCUCAGCCGGGCGUCCAGGAGGCUGGCUGCUCUGCUCAGAGAGGGUGGGAAGGGGGCCUGGAGAGACACAAGAAGCAGAGGUAGAGCCCAGAAGGUGGCAGCGGGUGGGCAAGAGGCUUAUUUAGCGCAUUAGGGGCAGUGGGCACCCGGAGGAAGGAGGGUGCUCCCAACCACCCGUAGGAGGCCAUAUGCGCACCAAGCGACAAUGCACCUGCUGGUGCUUUUCCUAGGUGACAAGCACAAUACUACAGUCUUCACACUGUUUACAGCCCUGGGCACCAGCCAACCCCGCACUGCUCUUACUUAGCUAGUGGGGUAGGGGGAAAGGGCAGGUAUUUGUUUUUUAAAUUGGGUCUGUGAAGAGCCAAACAGCUACUGUCCCUGGGUGCCAGGCAAGCCAGUUUUUUGGUUCCCUGAGGGAAACUGACCCUCUUCUCUUGUGGCACCAUCCAGCCUCAGGGUCUUGGAGACUUGAGUAAGAAUGUGAGUGGAGGGGGAGAGGCGAGGAGAGGAGAGGUCACAGGGUGGAUCUGUGGAGGGAAGAGGUUACAGGGGGAGGAGCUGAUGAUAGAUCCCACCCAGACCUAAGCUGCUGGUGGGUGGGUGAGCUGCAAAGUAGGACUGUCCAGGGAAGGGUGGAGAGAUGUAGCUAGGGGCUGGGUAGAAGCGCUGUUGAGCAUCCUCCACGCCAAGAUUGGUGAAGGAAGGGAUCCCAGCAGGGUUUCUGCUCUGGGACUGGCAGGUUGCCUGGUAUUAUGCCCAAGGCCACUCUGCCUAGGGGAACGGGCAGCCAGGUGGAGGCUUAGUGUCUGGUAGGCUGCUGAAUUUCCUGGAAGGGGUGAUUGGAUGGAAAGAGGCCAGAAACCCCAGCCUGAGAGACUGCUGUGCGCCCCACAGUCUGACUGCACAGAGCCGCCUCUGUUGGCAGGAGGCGCUGAGGCUCCCCUUCCUGCGUAUUGAGAAGCUCUGUUUGCCAAUAUAUUUUGCUUUCAAUUCCAAGAGGAGCUCUGGGAAAACCUGUGGAUAAAACCAAAUGCCAAAUGUUGGACGUUGUUUCCUUUUCCUUUUCUCUCUGAUUGUUUUAAUUGUUCUGUGGUGGUUUUAAUGGAUUUGAGACCCUGGAGCGGCAGCUGCCUUUCUGAUUUCCAGCUGCUUUUUGUGAAUAAUUUAAAAAGAAAAAAAAAAAGAAACUUUACAUUUUGGAGACAAACCUGUGUGAGUUUUUUAUUGGUACAAACGUUGUAUUUAACACUAGGGGUUUUGUACAGUUUUUUGCCUUUUCUACUAGAAAACAAUGUAAAGUGAUUUCACAAUGUGAAGAGAAAAAAAAAUUGCCACUAUGACCAAACGCACAGUCUGUUCUGCAGCAACAACGGGAUUCAAUCAACUCAGUCGUGAUUCAGCCGUAGAAAUGCUUUUCCUUUACCUUGUUUGAGCUUUUCCUUUCUUUUCUGUUUUGAUUUGCGAAGAAAAUGUCUUUUUUGUGUGAACUUGUGUUGUACUCUGUAGAAAAUUAUGGAUUUUACUUUAAUGGUUUAAAAAAAAAAAAAAAGGCAAGAAGAGCCCUUAUCGCUUUUCUUAACCUAAUCACAGAGUUUGUGUAGUGAAUUUAAAAAGAAAAAAAAUUGUUACAAGUUUGGAGCAAGGGAGUAUGUGUUUCAAAGGAAUCUCCUUCCUUUUUUUGUGUGUUUUUCCUUUUGUCCCAAUGGGGAACCUAAA